AUGGAAAAUGUGAUUAAUAUUUCCUAUAUAACUUUGUGUGGGUAUGUGGACAUGAACAAAUACAGGUUUUUGUACUUUACUAUCAUGUUUGCAGUAUAUAUUUUGAUAAUAUGUAGUAAUUCAAUCAUUGUGUAUCUGAUCUGGAUAAACAAAAGCCUCCAUGAUCCCAUGUACAUUUUCAUUGCUGCUUUGUUAAUUAACUCUGUUCUUGUCAGCACAGGAGUCUAUCCAAAACUACUGAUUGACUUUUUAUCUGAAAAACAGACCAUCUCUUAUCCAGCAUGUCUAUUCCAGAUCUUUGUUUUUUACUCUCUGAGUGGAUCUGAAUUCUUACUGUUAGCAGCCAUGGCUUUUGACAGAUACGUGUCUAUAUGUAAACCUCUGCAAUAUCACACAAUUAUGAGAAAAACAACUGUGUGCAUUUUCCUUGUCUCAGCGUGGCUCAUACCUUUUUGUCAUCUUGCUGUGCCAAUCAUAGGGAAUGCAAAUCAAAAACUCUGCAGUUUUACUUUGAAAGGAAUUUUUUGCAACAACGUAGUAUACUACAUUCUCUGUGUAAGUUCAAGAGCACUGUUAAUAUUUGGAUUAGUUAUUCUUUUCAAUAUUAGUUUUCUUCCUAUGUUCUUUAUAAUUUUCACUUAUACAGUCAUUCUUAUAAUAUCUUAUAGAAGUUGCAGAGAAGUCAGAAAAAAGGCUGCACAGACCUGUUUACCUCACCUGCUGGUUUUAAUGAACUAUUUUUUUUUACUUACUUUUGACACAAUUGUAGUUAGACUGGAUGCAGAUAUAUCUAAGAUUGCACGUUUUGUAAUGAUUUUGCAAGUAAUAACAUACAAUCCUAUUUGUAAUCCAAUCAUAUAUGGACUAAAAAUGAAAGAAAUCUAUAAACAUACCAAAAAUAUCCUCGCACAGCAGCAGGAGCUCGGCAACAUGAUCCACAACAUCGGGCAACAGCUUUCAACCCUGGCAGGAGCUGCAAGGGGCCCAUCCCCUGUCAGCCAACCUGAACCCCUCUCUGUGCCUAUGACCCCCUGCACCCGAGAACCAGACGUGCGGCCAUCCGAAUUCUUUGAAGGUGACUCCAAGAUGUUUGGAGGCUUCCUCCUGCAGUGUGAUCUUGCGUUCAGCCAGGCUCCUACCAGGAGAUCCUCGACGCCCAAAAGGGAGACCCAGAUCCUGGCAUUGGCCCCCCAGGGAGACUCUUUGUCCCUGCAACAGCACACCCUCCUUCUCACAAAGAGACAUUUCUGGUGGCCCAACAUGGAUAAGGACAUCAAGGGGAGUCUGAAAUUUCUGUCCCCUCUGUUCAGCAUCACCUCCGUCGGUGUCGCAGGAUUUGGUGCCAGACCAGAGCAGCCCUCCUCUGUACUGCUGACCAGAACAGAAAGUUUGCUGAUUGACACCGUUCCGCUGCUCCCAGGUACCAAGUGGGUCAGAAGUUCUGCCUCGUCCUGUUUCCUCGGCUCCCUCCUGGCUCCUUGGCUGCUCUGGUCCUCCGAACCUGCACACCGGCAUUACCCACUCAAGGCCCAACAUUGGACUCCUCCAUCCGACACCAUCUGCAACUGA